AUGUCUCCACAAGAUACAAUCGCCAUCUGUUUCGGCAUCAUCACUUUUUUUAUGAGUUUCGUCGGACUUGUUAUCUCUUACCUCAGUUUGAGAAUUUGUAUGAGACAUCCUCAUCAGUCUGAUAUCUCGCUUCAUGCACCCAAUAAAUUCCACAGGCAUGAACAUAUAGUCAUCCAUCCAUCUUCGUUUUCAUCUUCCGCAAGUGGGAUGACUAAUGGGUAUGAGGGGUUUGGGGGUGUAGGUCUAAGUUCAGGUUUGAGUUUAGUGAAGAGGAAUCCGGUGUAA